AUGAAUGCUGGAGUGCGAGCGACCUCGGCCGCAUUGCGAGGAGUGACUUGGCUGCAUUUGGUGAAAAGGCUGCGCACACUUCCCCCCGAGAAGUGCAGAAGGCUAUUGAGAAGGAUGUCGCCGAGUGUCAAGGACAACAUGAAGAACCUGUUUCUUCUUCUCCUGGCGGCCUUUGGACUUUGCUGGACCCAAUACAAGACCAAUCCGAAGCCUGUAAGGACAUCUAUUGUCCACCUCUUUGAAUGGCGCUAUGACAUUGCUCUUGAAUGUGAACGUUACUUAGCCCCAAAUGGAUUUGCGGGUGUCCAGGUUUCUCCUCCAAAUGAAAACCUUGUCGUUACGAGUCCCUGGAGGCCGUGGUGGGAAAGAUAUCAACCAAUCAGUUACAAGUUAUGUUCGCGUUCUGGAAAUGAAAAUGAAUUUAGAGACAUGGUGGCCAGAUGCAACAAUGUCGGAGUGCAUAUCUAUGUGGACGUGGUAAUCAACCAUAUGUGUGGCUCUGGGGCUGGCUCUGGGAACCGGGGGACUUGUGGCAGUUAUUUCAAUGCAGGGACCCGAGAUUUCCCAGCUGUCCCAUACUCUAGCUUUGAUUUCAAUGACAAGAUAUGCAAAACACCCAGCGGAGAUAUAGAGAAUUACAGUGAUCCUGUUCAGGUUCGCAACUGUCGCCUGUCUGUCCUCGUCGACCUCACGCAAGGGGAUGAUGUGCGUUCAAAAAUGGCCGACUACCUCAACCACCUGAUUGAUAUUGGUGUAGCAGGGUUCCGAAUCGAUGCUUCCAAGCACAUGUGGCCUGAGGACAUCGCUGCUAUUUUAAGCAAAGCACAUGACCUCAACACACGGUGGUUUGCCAAAGGUUCGCGGCCUUUCGUCUAUCAGGAGGUAAUUGACUUGGGCGGUGAAGCGGUCCGGAGCUCUGAAUACUUCAGAAACGGCCGGGUGACUGAGUUUAAAUAUGGCGCAGAACUCGGGACAGUCCUCCGCAAAUGGAACGGAGAAAAGAUGGCAAAUUUAAAGCGCUGGGGAGAAAACUGGAGUUUGAUGCCUUCUGACAAAGCCAUUGUCUUUGUAGAUAACCACGACAACCAGAGGGGCCAUGGUGCUGGUGGAGCCUCCAUUCUUACUUUCUGGAACCCAAGACUCUAUAAGAUGGCAGUUGGGUUUAUGCUUGCUCACCCCUACGGAUUUACACGAAUAAUGUCAAGUUACAGGUGGCCAAGAGUUAUCCAGCAUGGAAAGGACCUAAAUGACUGGGUUGGACCACCGAGCAACAGUGAUGGAUCAAUUAAACCUGUUACGAUUAACACAAAUGGCACCUGUGGUAACGGCUGGGUCUGCGAACAUCGUUGGACUCAAAUAAGGAACAUGGUGACAUUCCGAAAUGUAGUGUACGGCCAACCUAUUACGAGGUGGUGGGAUGAUGACAACAACCAGGUGGCAUUUGGACGUGAUGGCAAAGGAUUUGUUGUGUUUAAUAAUGAUGACAGGGCCUUGUCAGUAACGUUACCAACCGGUCUCCCCCCUGGCACUUAUUGUGAUGUUAUUUCGGGACGAAAGGAAGGCAACCUCUGCACUGGAAUGCAAAUCCGCGUUGCUGCUAAUGGCACUGCUCAUUUUCAACUUAACAGCCAAACUGAAAAUCCAUUCAUUGCAAUUCAUGUCGAAGCCAUGCUGUAAUCCGCACUGAAUCUCUUUUUGUUUGUUUUUCGGUCUUAGUUCUACUAAGCUUUAUGAAGCUAAAUUAAAGUAAAAUGUAAAACCUCAUAAAACCUCUAGAUGAAUAAAAGUCACUUGUGGCUCAGCUUA